UGCACCGGUGCCGAGUCUGCGGAGCUAGCAGAUAGCACCGUAUAAAUAUCAUCACCAAGAGUCCAUAUGGACUAAUGAUAUCACUGAGCCCAACCGUGGACACCUUCCAGUAUUUCUGUAUUAGUAUUGUACCUUCGUAGAAGAAGUAAUUCACUUUUGUUUGUUGUAUCGCCCGUGCACGCGUGUUUGGUACAUUGUAGAUUCAAAGUUCUUUCCCUUGUUCUUCUGAAUGUAGGCAUUUGUCACAGAAAAAGGCUUACUAUGGCUGUCACCUCCUGCUUCAAUUGAGCGGCGAUAGUAGAACGACAGCUAGCAACUGGUUUGGCUUACUUUGUCUUUGACUGCGGGUCACGUAGCAGGAUAGCGCCUACAUGUAGUAGCUGUUUCACGCUCUGCUAGACUGCCACAAGCGGCUAGUCCGUCCUGUUGUGUGCCUGUCACGCGUCUAGUCUGUGUUGGUAAGACACAUGUGGAGUAACUAGAUAUUCGCUAGAAGAUGUCCUGUCCCGACAGCCCAGCGAAGGUGACGUCCUUUUUCGACGUCGAGGCAGCGAUGAAGUCGCUCCUGUUCAUGAACGGCUUGAGGAAGCAAGCAACACUGCAAACGAAUAGCCAACAACAGGAGAAGCAGUUGGACCCGAGCUGCAGUCUGUGUGACGUCACUGUGCAAGUGAAUGGCAGACAGCUGCCGGCACAUAAGGUGGUGCUGGCAUCGUGCAGUGAAUACUUCGCCCGUGUGCUAACGACCGGCCCGCAAGCCGUGGCUAGUACUGGCGAUAGAGCCGCUGGCAACGCCGCAACGGAGCACAACACCAGCACAGGCGUUGUUGACGUCACCAGCCAAUUGUCGGAGGCAGAGCGAAUAGAGGAUGCCGCGUUUGAUGCGCUUCUCGACUAUGCAUACACGAAGCGGGUGGAUAUAUGCGAAGCGAACGUUCACGAUAUCUUCCACGCGGCCGACUGCUUGCGGUUCAGUGGUGUAAAAAUAGCUUGUUUCAAGUUCUUGGAGCGUGCCCUGUACAAGGAUAACUGCAUUAAGAUGUGGAUGUUUGCCAAGGGGCACAGCGAUGCGGCGCGGCUAGUGGAUGCGUCGCGGCGCGUCGUCGAGGCCAACUUCAAGGCGCUGUGCAGCACGUUCGGGUUCCUGGAGCUGCCGCUCGAGAGCGUGGUGGAGCUGCUGUCCAGCGACAAUCUGAACGUGUCCAAUGAGGAGGAGGUGUAUAAGGCGGCCGUGGACUGGCUGCAUCAUGGAGUGCACGAUGAGCGCCGCAGCAAUGCCGCCAGCAUCAUGGGUGCCGUGCGUCUCGAGCUGCUGUCGCAUGAGUUUCUCAUGAGCAUUCUGGACACGGACAGUCUGAUCACGGACGACUGCAAGUGCCUGGCGCAGGCGAUAGCUGCGAUCGAGAUCAAGGUGGAGCACCAGGACAAGGUGCCGAGUAGCAGUGCCGUCCUGGACGAAGCGGGUACAACCCACGGCCGGCGAUCAUGCCAUGGCAUAGAGGAGAUCUGCAUACCGCGACAAUCUGGCGGUCGACUGGGUGUCGGUGUUAUGGGAGGUGUCGAUCGGCCAGGGCAUGUUUUCUACAAGGGCAGCAGUCCAUGUCUGCGCGUAACAGAGAUACAUUCGGACGGCGCUGCUUCGAAUAGCAACGUGCGCGCCGGUGAUCAGAUCUUGUCCAUCAACGGCCAUCCAGCAGAGCACCUGCGCCAUGACCAAGCCAUCGCUCUGCUCUCCAAGCCCAGGGAUCGCAUCACACUGGUUGUGCGACACGAGCCGCCUCCGCCCGGCCUACAGCAAUUUAACCUGUCUUCUAAUCGUGGACAGGGCUUCGGUCUGUGCAUCGAAGGCGGCGCCAAUGCACCUUCAGGAAACCCGGAGGAUCCGGAUGACGACGGGAUUUAUGUAUCUCAGAUCUUGCCAGGAGGGGCUGCAGAACAUUCCGGAAUGCUCAAGGUUGGUCAUCGCAUUCUACAGGCAAACAGUAUCAGUAUGCUUGGAAUAAGUCACGCCGAGGCGCUGCAAAUACUGCGCCAGUCAGCCGAACGCCUACAUCUCAUGGUGUGCGACGGGUUCAAGUCAGCCCUAGUGCCGCCCGUUGGUGAUAGUGCCGAGAGUCGGCGGCAGCAGGUCAGCGAACACUAUCGCAAGCUGUGCUUCAAUAUUCCCGAAUAUGCCAACACCGUACCGUACUAGAAUGCUACAUUGUAGAAUGCCUGCUGAGUAGCGUUACAACACGUCUACUUAGCUAGGUUAGGCUAACGCUUAGCUCUGUGUCGGCAUACAGGCCAGAGACCGGCUGCCGAGCUACACAUGAUAACGAAAUUUACACUUGAUCUAUUUCCAGCAGGGAGUCGUAAAAUAUAAAAAUUCGUAAAAUACGACCCCCUGAUUUCCAGCUGUUGCUGCUUUCAUUCAGUGCUGCCAUAUUUCGCCAAUAUUUAAUCAGCCCAACAACCAAAAGAAUUCGCUUUUUUAGCCAGUUAUAAUUAUUAUGAUUAGGAACAUGUCAGCAGGAGCUAACCCCUCACUCAUCACACAUCUUAAAUGCAAAGUUCAUCCUCCAAGCUUUUCUCGCCCAGCACAUCAAUGGCUCCACACACUUUUUGUCUUUCGUCCUCCAAACUUGUCUUGCGAAGCGAAUUAUCAAUGGCUCCACACACUUUUUUUGUCUUUCAAAACGAUUGACAUUUUCAGUAUCCUCUAAACUUCUGAUGAUUCUUUAGAAUUUCAUGAAGAAGAAUAGGAAGAACUCCCAGAG